AUGUCGCUUCUAAAAUCCUUGCCGUCCAAGACGCGGUUGGCCCAGGUUAAGAAGCUUCUGGCCCUGAUAUUCGGGGAGACUUACAACCCUCAUCAUGUCAGAAAUGGAAACAAGAUAUUGAGGCAGCCGUUGAAGGGCCCUAAGCUCUUGUCGUGGUACGGUAACAACGACGCCAUGCCCACCUUUAAGGACUUCAAGAAAUGGUUCCCUGAGUUGGACUUGGUCGAUCCUCGCGAGGAGGAGAGACUCAGGAUGGUCGUGGACCGUAAGAAGAGAAACAAGGGUGCUCCAAAGAAGAAGAAGAGUUGA